CAAUACACCUACCUUGAUGUCACUCCCUUCCCUUAUAAAUUCAGAAGAGGGACUAUGUAUCAUUAGGGAACACAAGCUACAUGAAAAGAUGAUCUUCCUCUCUCAGUCUCAGGCACCUUCUUGUAGGGCCAUUAUCUUCUCUUUUCUUGUGGCUUUGUGCUGUCAUGGGAAUGAAGCUGCCCUUGUCCUGCCUAACAAUGAAACCGUUCCAGCAGUUUUGGUGUUUGGAGAUUCCAUAGUGGAUCCGGGGAACAACAACAAUCUCAAUACCAUAGCCAAGAGCAACUUCCCCCCGUACGGGAGGGAUUUCGAGGGAGGACCUACAGGAAGGUUUUCCAAUGGCAAGGUCCCCUCCGACCUUAUAGCUGAAGAAUUUGGUGUGAAGGAGCUGGUGCCUGCAUAUCUUGAUCCAAGCCUGCAGCUCGAAGACCUCCUCACUGGUGUAAGUUUUGCCUCAGGGGCUGCAGGAUAUGAUCCCAUCGCAGCUAAAAUAUCGAAUGUUCUAUCCACAUCGGAUCAGCUAGAUCUGUUCGAACAAUACAAAACCAAGAUAAAGUCAGCAGUGGGAGAAGAGAGAGCUGCAACCAUAAUCUCAAAAGCGAUUUACAUAGUUGUCUUUGGUAGCAACGAUGUCGCCAACAUUUACUUCGGCACUCCCAUCAGGCGUACCCAUUACGAUUUUAAUUCUUACACAGACUUCACUGUCAGCUACGCUUCAAAAUUCUUGCAGGAGCUCUACGGGCUAGGAGCAAGAAGAAUUGGAGUGUUGGGUUUGCCACCAAUCGGGUGCGUGCCAUCUCAGAGGACCUUAGGCGGAGGCCCAAACAGAGACUGCUACAAGGGUGAAAACCAACUGGCAUCCCUCUACAACGCCAAGCUGUCUGGCAUGAUAGAUUCUCUCAGGACCUCACUCAACGUUCCAGGCACCAAGCUCAUCUUUCUGGACAUCUAUUACCCAUUGCUCUCCCUCAUCCAAAACCCUGCAAAAUAUGGGUUUGAAGUGACAAACAAAGGAUGUUGUGGCACAGGACUGAUAGAAGCCAGCAUACUCUGUAACCCUCUCAGCAUCCCUAAAUCAUGCCCAGAUGCCUCAAAAUACGUGUUCUGGGAUGGCUACCAUCCCUCCGACAAGGCCUACAAGAUCCUUGUACCAAUCAUAAUCAACAUGCACUUGAAUGAAUUUUUCUGACCCUCCCCUUCUCUCUCCCUCUUCCCUGCCAAGUUCAGUCAAGAGGGUAUCGUGCUAGUUGCUUCAUUGUCAUCAAUCUCACCAGGGUACGGUGGAAGCCAUUGGAGAAGAACAAAUGCAUGGAUCUCUUACGUUAUGCUACCUCUUGCGAAGUUCAAGAAUUGUUCUCGUAUUCCAACUUUCACUGCCUUUUUUCGUGUAAAGAAAGAAUAAAAAAGGCAAUCAUCAUAUCCAUAAUUUACAAUAAUUGUAAUGAAAAAUAUGAGAAAAUGAUGGGGAUAAGAAAGUAUAAAGAACAAUUAUAAUCCUUUUAUUUUUAAUUA